AUGAUGAGUUUGCAUAGUCGACAUGAAUUUCGAGAGAUAUAUCACACUCUCGAACAUGUCUUGCAAGAAACUUCACUUAAUGUUUUAUCAACAGCUGAUUUGCUAAAUCAACGACUUGCAUUUCUAACGGGUGGUACAAGUCAUGAUUGUCCAAUUCUUACAUUUCCCGAUAAUUCAAAAAUUGAAUUAACACAAGAAAAUUAUAAAAAGCUUAUUUCAUAUUUAACUCAAAUACCAACUGAAAACGAACGUCAAUGCGGUUUUGUUCUCAUUAUUGAUCGACGGUCAAAUACAUGGACUACUGUUAAAUCUAUUAUCAGCUAUAUCGAGGAUUACUUUCCGUAUUCAAUACAAUGUAUUUAUCUUCUUCGGCCGAAUUCCUUCAUGCAACGAGCUCUAUCACAUGUAGCAAUUCUGAAUGAUAUAACUUGUUCAUAUCGUCUAAUUAUCUGUCGGUCGUUAUCGCAACUUUAUGAAUAUGUCGAUGUAAGUCAAUUAUCUAAAGAUUUAGGUGGUUUAAUUAAUUUUCGUUUAUUUGAAUGGAUUGAACAAAGACUGACUAUUGAAAAAUUAACUCAAUCAAUACAUGAAUUAAAUGAGACAUUACUUGCGUUUAUUAAAGAAGUUAAUGAAGUUGAAUUUCCUAAUAAUGUUGAAUCAGUCGAUACAAUUGCUGGUCAAAAUCUAAUACAAAAGAAUCAUAUCGAACGUGAACUACAACGUAUUAAAACUUUGGGUCAUUCACUGUUGUGUAUUAUUCACCAAGAGAAUAAACAGUCUUCAACCUCUCAUCAUAGCACAAUUGACAAGCAUAAUGAUGUGUACCAUAUUGUUUUAUCACCAGAUCAAUCGGCACAUGCUCGUGCUUGCAUAGGUGCUUUAGUACAUAUUGAUACUAUCGAAUCUACUCUGUCACAAUUUUGGUCUAUACACAAAACACAUUUACAUUAUUGUCUUGAAUUACGCCAUUUUGAGCAACGUUUUAAACGGAUACAAAAUAUUUUCUUAUGCUUAUACAACGAAAUUUUUCAAUUGCCUGAUAUAAAUAUUAGCCAAUUGGCAUUGAACACUUGUGGAUUUGAUAAUUGUAAUAAUAACAAUAACAACAAUAAUAAUCUCCGAGAAGAGAUCGAUCAAACACUAAUUCAAGUUGAUGCACUGGCACAACAGGCAGAAACGAUGAUCAGUCAUGCUACUCGAUUGGCAAAUGAUGGCCUUGCUUUGAUGAUGGAACAACAGAAACAGCAAUCUAUACCCUAUGGCAAUGAUUCGAUUGAACCGAAACGUCAAGAACUAGAAGAGAUGAAGAAAAAAUUAAUUGAACAAAUUGAUGAAAAACGGCAUAGUUUAAAAUUAUUGAAAAAGUACAUUGAUAAACUUGGAUUUAUAAAUGAUUGGUGUGUACGUGGUAAAGAUAUGCUAUCGAUGCAUUCAAUCCAUUUAUCGAAUGAUAACGCUCUUCGGUCUAUCGUAGAACUUGAACGCUUUUUGACCGAUUUAUCAAUAAUGAAUAUCGAAGAGUUGCAACAUACAUCAACACCCGAACCACUUAGAUCAAUGAUAAGUCAAGUAUUUAAUCGUGUAAAUGAUAUUCGAGAUUUAUGUGAAAAACGUUGCGAACAACUCCGUCAACUUGUUCGACCUGCUUAUCGACCAAUACAAUAUGUUCAUCCAUUACCAUUGCUACAGCAUGCACCUUUCAAUGUUGUUGAUUCUACAACACCAAUUCUAAAACAUCGUCAUAUAAAUGAAUAUACAUCAAAUUUUGAUAUCGAUUCUAAUCGUUUAUUAAUAUCUUCAUCGAAUAAUGAAUCAAGUAUAAACCAUAAUGUAAAAAUGGAUAAAAAGCAAAGACAUGUAGUGACAGAACUUUUGGCUACUGAACAAGUUUAUGUCGAAGAAUUACGUAGUAUAAUCGAAGGUUAUAUGAUUAAAUUCGAUGAUCCUGAACAGUUUCGUUUUAUACCUCCAAUUAUAUUACAAAAUAAAACAAUACUUUUUUCUAAUUUGCCAGAUAUUUAUGCAUUUCAUGCGACAUCAUUUCUCCGUGAUCUCCAACAAAUCUAUAAUCAUUCAUUCGUGAGUAAUACAUGUUCAAUUGGAAGUGCUAUUGCAUCGUGCUUCAUUAAACGGAAAUCAAAUUUUAAACUCUACGAAGAAUAUGUUCUUAAUAAAUCUCAAUCGGAACGUUUAUGGGAACAAUAUUGUUGUGGACAUCCGUUCUUUACCAAACUUCAACAGUCUCUUGGACAUCGUCUUCCAUUGGAUUCCUAUCUAUUAAAGCCCAUACAACGAAUAACACAAUAUCAUUUGUUACUUAAAGAAAUGAUUAAAUAUACUCAUCAUGAACAAGAACGUAAACAUUUACAAGAAUCCCUAUAUGUUAUGCUAAAUAUUUUAUCACAUCUCAAUGAUGUUAUGCAUUCAACACAAAUUGUCGGCUAUCCUGAUCCAAUGCAGAAAUUGGGUCAAAUACGUUUACGCGGCGAGAAUUGUAUAAUUUCGAAAGAAAAACGUCGUGGCACAGUUUAUACACGAACAAAAACAUGUACAAGAGAUAUUUUUUUAUUCGAACGUGUUAUAUUAUUAUGCAAGAAGAAAGACGAAGGAAAUGGAAGAUCUCUUCAAUAUCAAUUUAAAGAAAUGAUUAAAAUUAACGACAUAGCUGUUUGUACAUAUUCAAAAAAUGAUCGAAAUAAAUUUGAAAUUGUACUUAAAGAUUACUCCUAUAUUGUACAGUUGUCAUCAAAUGGAGAAAAACUUGAAGAAAUGAAUUCACGCUGGAUUGAUGCCGUUAAAAAUUGUAUCACAAAACAAACAGAACAACGUCGAGCUGAAGUAAAACAUCGAAGUUCAUCAUUAGAUCCCUCGACACAUAGCCAUCGUCGACGUUCGCUCACUCGUAAAGUGACUUUCAAUCGAGCUCCUGAAUCUGACGACGAACAAGCUCAUUUACCAAUAACAUUAAUCGAUUUAAACGAUGAUGAUAUUAUACAAAAUAAUAAAUUGGUACUUGACAAUUAA